AUGGCGAAAUCACUUCGCUGUGGAGUCUGUGGGAUUCUCCUUCGAAACGUAGCCGAAGCGCAAAGCCAUGGAGAAGUGACAGGUCAUUCCAGCUUUGAGGAGACCACAGAAGUCAUCAAAGUGAUGAAAUGCGUCACCUGCGGGAAGCCCUGCAGGACCGACGCGGAGCGCGACAUGCACAAACGCUUCACGGGCCAUACCGAAUACGUCGAAGAGACGGCGCAAGCGACUCUCAACACGGAGCAAGAGAUGAAGGAGGCGCGGGACGCCAUGGAGGAAGACGCGGACAUUCUGCGGGCCUCCCUAGGCAAACCGCCCCGCGCCAAGGGGGCGGCAGCGGCGGCAGGCACCAGCGACACGGACGCAGGUGGCGGCUGCGAGGCGGGCACCAGCGGUGGUGAGAUGGUCCCUGCGGAGGUCCCGGAGGUGCUGCUCAAAGAAAUGGAGGAGAUGGGGUUCGCCAGGAACCGAGCUGUUCGCGCUAUCUGGUUCUCCAAGGCCGUUACUUCGGUGGAGGCUGCAGUCAACUGGCUGUUGGAGCACGACACCGACCCGGACGUUGACGAACCGCUGAUGGUCAAGAAGGCUGACCUGGAGUCAUCCGCCGGGAUAUCGGGGGCGGGGGAUGAGGAGGGCAGCGGCAAGGAGCCAGUCGACCCGGUAGAGGCCCGGCGCAAAGCGGAGGAGCUGAUUCGAAAGGCACGGGAGAAACGAGAGAAGGAGGAAAAAGAGCUGGAGCGGCAACGAGAGCUCGAACGCAUCCGGGCAGGCAAGGAGAUGCAAAAGAUGCGUGAGAAGGAUGAGGAGCUGGCGUUAAAGCGCAUAGCAGAGCAACGCAAGCGUGAGAAGGAGGAAGAGGCCCGGGCGCGUGAGGAGCUGCGGAAAAAGCUAGAGGAGGACCGCAAGGAGCGGCGGCGGCGGCUGGGGCUACCCGAGGAGCUCACUGAAGAGGAGAAGGCACGCGAGGCUGAGAAGCGCAAGAAGCAGGAGGAGGAGGAGGCGGCCAAGAAGGCCUUCAGUUACGUGAAGCCCGUCUCAGCGUUGUCCAAGAUGCGCACCCAGUUGGUGGAUCUCAAGAAGGCGCAUGCGGCGGGCGCAGCAGGGGGCAGUGGCGAGGCGGCGUUCAAGACCGCCUGUGAGACCAUGAUGCGGUACCUCGGCAACAUCGCUGCCAGUCCCGGGGAGGAGAAGUUCCGGACCAUCCGUCUGGGCAAUGCCGCAUUCCAACAACGUGUGGCUUCUCUGCCCGGCGCCGUUGACUUCCUCGUCACGUGCGGCUUCGAGAAAAAGGAUGAUGCGCUGGUGAUGCUACCGGAGAAGCUUAACGUGGAGCUUUUGAGAGGCGCCGGCGGGGCGCUGGACGAGGCCCUCACAAAUCCAUUCUUUGGGGCAUUGUGA